AUGGAGUUCAUUGACCCCCAAAUCGAACCCGAAAAGGAGGCUGUCCCAGACAAGGCCUCUAAGGACCAAACAGAGGAGACCGUGCAAAGAUUGGAAUCGGAAAUCGACAAGGCGUACUCAGCAGUAGAACACAAGUUCCAGGACUUAUGGACCAAUGCCUCGACCCAAGCCACGGGAUUGCAAGAAAAGAUCAAGUUGGAAGAGCACAAGAAGCAGUUGUUGAGCCAAUUGAGCAAUGCGCGUCUGAACAUCAACACUGAGCUGAUUGAGACCAUCAAGAGCCAGGCCAACCACGCGUUGGACUCGUUGGACAGCACCCUCGAACAGGUGGAAAAACAGGCUGGACAGUAUGUCAGUCUGUUCACGUCGUUCUUCUCCAGCAUUGUCAGCGUUGCCCCCAAGGAACAGGAGAAGGAGGAGGUGUUGUUUUCAUUGAACGAUUCUUACGGCACCAGUCGUUACGACACCGAGCUCUUCAAAUUGCAUACCUCUCCCAGCUACUACGUGGAUGAGGCCAGCGACGCGGCCAAGGCAUUCGACGCCGACACCAAGACCACUGAGAUCGCCGAGUUACUACAGAAAUACCCAAACACCUUGACCAAGUUGAUGAACGACCUUGUGCCUGUGAAGCUCCCCUACAACCAGUUCUGGUACUGGUACUUUGUGCACGACGACAAGUUGAAGGAGUCGGAAAACAAGAGGAAGGAGUUAUUGGACAAGAAGACAGCCUCGGGUGCCGGCGACGACGAGGAGUUUACCUGGGACGACGACGAGGAGGAGGAGGAGACACAAGAGGAGGCAGUGGAUGUGGCCAAAGAGGUGAAGCCCAAGAAAGACGACGACGACGACGAUGAUGAUGAUGACUGGGAGUAG